CCCCGAGCCAGAACGCCGCACCUCUCUCUGCAACUAUGUUUAAGGGGCUAGGUAAAGGCUCCCCUGGGAAGGGGGUCUCCAAGGGCUCUCCCAAGGGCUCCCCCGGCAAACACACCAGGGCCUCCACCCAAGAACUGGCGCAACUCAUCACUCGCAUGCAAGCUAAUGCCGACCAAGUAGAGAGGGACAUCCUGGAGACCCAGAAGAGAUUGAAGCUGGACAGAACCAAUAGUGAACAAAACCAAGCUCUCCAGUACCAGGAGGAGACAGGCCGGGACCUGAAGGAAGCUGAGAUGCUGCUGAAAGACCUUUUCCUGGAUAUGGACAAAGCCAAGAGAUUGAAGCAUCCACAGGCGGCCGAGAUUGAGAAAGACAUCAAGCAACUCCAUGAGCGAGUGACCCAGGAAUGUGCCGAGUACCGCCAGCUGUAUGAAAAGAUUGUGCUGCCGUCUGACCUCACACCAAAAGUUGACUGGGCUCGGGUGCUAGAACAGAAACAGAAACAGGUCUGUGAAGGGCAGUAUGGCUCAAGCAUGUCAGAACUGGAGCAGCAGAUUGCCGAACACAACAUCUUGCAGAGGGAGAUUGAAGCCUAUGGACAGCAGCUUCGUUGCUUCAAUGGCCCGGAUGCUGCAACCAUCAAGAACCAAUACCGGGACCUCCUGAAGGCAGCCACAUGGCGUGGGCAGAGUCUGGGCAGCCUCUAUACCCACCUGCAGAACUGUACCCGGCAGCUCAGUACCCUGGCAGAACAGCAGCACCGCAUCCUUCAGCAAGACUGGAGUGACAACAUGGCUGACCCUGUUGGGGUACGCCAGGAAUAUGAGCACUUCAAAAACCAGGAGCUGCUGAUCCAGGAGCAGUGCAUAAACCAGCUAGAGGAUGAUGGAGACCGUAUGGUGGAGCUCAAGCAUCCAGCUGUGGGGCCCAUCCAGGCUCACCAGGAGGCCCUGAAGACUGAAUGGCAGAACUUCCUGAACCUAUGUAUCUGUCAGGAGAGUCAGCUGCAAAGUGUGGAAAACUACCGCAGGUUUCAGGAUGACUUGGAUGCUGUCAGCCAGACUCUGAAGAAACUGAGCUCUGACCUGGACACCAAGUACCGCCAGCCCGCCCACGGAGAUCCCCCCGGGGCAUUGUCCGACCUGCUCCGGCAGCUGGAGGUGGAUGAAAAGCAGCUGAGUAUGUCAGAAAAGACCAUCCAGAACCUCAAGAAACAAGGCCAGAAUAUCGCCCCUCUCCCUCUCCGAAGGACCCAUCCUGGGAAGCCCCUCCAGGUGGACAGCCUCUGCGACUGGGACUCUGGCAACGUACAGCUAUUGAGGGGAGAGAAGUACACAUUGAAGGAUAACAGUGACCCCCAUACCUGGGUGGUAGAGGACCAUUGUGGAGAGUCCAAGAGAGCCCCGGCUGCCUGCUUCUACAUCCCCCCACCUGACCUGGAUGGUGUGGCUAAGGCUGGCCGGCUAGAGUCUGAGGUGCAGGCAUUGAAGCAGAAAUGUAAGGACCUCCAGCGUCGCCUGACAGCCAAUGCCCAUGAGCUAGUGCGGCCCAGCCAGCAGGGUAUGGGGGCACAAGGGAGAGGGUACUAUCUAGAGAGUAUGGAAGAAGGGGAAGGAAGGAAGGAAGGAAGGAAGGAAGGAAGGAAGGAAGAAAGAAUAAUUCCUGGGUUCACAGUAAAAUGUCUAUCCCUCUCUCUUCAGAAUACCACCCAGAGGCUACAGGGCUUGGAAGCAGAAAAAGAGGCCACCCAGAAGGAAUGUGAAUCUUUCCUGUCCUCCAAGCCAGCUGGGCCCACUGUGCUUCAUCUGCCAGUGACUCUUAACAAUGUCAAGAACAAAUAUAAUGAUGUUCAAGUCCUCUGCAGUCUCUAUGGGGAAAAGGCAAAGGCAGCUCGUGCCUUAGAACAGCAGAUCCAGGCAUCAGAUAAGAUGAUUCAAGACUUUGAGUCCGACCUGGUCCAGGAGGCCCCCAUUGGUGUCAGCCCUGGAGCACUGCAGGAACGAAUCAGUCAGUUGCAGAGGCAAAGGCGGGUGUUGUUGGAGCAACAAUCCUGCGUCCUGGGGCUGCACCGGGAGCUGAAGACAACAGAACAUGGCUGUGGGGCACUCCAGAACAAUUUCCAAGAAUUCUGCCAAGAUCUGCCCCAACAAAGGCGUCAGGUGCAGGGGCUCACUGACCGCUACCAUGCUGUAGCUGACCAGCUGGACCUUCGGGAGAAGGCGGUACAAGAUAUCAGUCUUAUUUACCAGCAGUUCAAGAAUUCCAGUGAGAACCUGCGCUCCUGGAUGGAGCAUCUCCCCCAAAAUGAGCUGGGGUCCACUGAUGGGCCCAGUCAGAUCAACUAUAAGCUGCAGGCCCAGAAGCGUCUGGUACAGGAAAUUCAGAAUAAGGAGAAAGACAAAAACACAAUAUUCCACCUAUCCCAGGACCUCCAAGCUGCUCUCCAAGAAUAUGAGCUGCAGAUAGAUAAGUACCGUUGUUCCUUGGACCCUACAUUGACAGCAUCUGCCCCCAAGAGACCUCGGAUCACUCCUUUGCAGGACAGCAUCCAGACCCAGGAGAAGGACCUAACCAAACGCUACACUGAGGUUGCUGCCCAAAAGCAUCAACAGCUGAGUCGGCUGGAGUUUGCCAAGAAGGUGUUGGAAAAGAAGGAAAUCAUUGAGGCUAUCCAGCCAGCUCACCACCCAGAGCAAGGGUCUGAGAAGCGGACCCAGGUGAGCAGAGAGUCAGAGUCACAGGCACUGAAAUCCCAGCUAGAGGAGGAGAGGAAGCGAGUGGCCCAGGUGCAGCAGGAACUCCAGGAGCAGAGGAAUCAGCUGCUGCUGCUAAAGACCCAGAAACCUGUGGAAAGGCUGGAGGAAAAGGAAGUGGUUGAAUUUUACCGAGACCCCAAGCUUGAGAGCAGCCUGUCCAAAAUGAAAUACCAGGUGGAGGAGGAAGGCAAGAAGUGGGCCCGCAUGAAGGCAGACCUGGAGGUGGUAAAUCAGAAGAUAGCCCACCUGGAGAAGGAGAAGAAAAACAUUCAGCCCCAUUUGCUGACUAAGGAAGUCACCCAGAUCAAGAGGGAUCCCAACCUGGACAACCAAGCGGUCCAGAUCAAUGCUGAGAUCGAACACCUGAGGGGAGAGAAUGCCACCAUCUCUGCUCGACUGGAACAGCUAAAGAGAGACCUACUGACUCUGGAACAGAAGGAAGCAAAUGUGAAGGAGAAGGUCAUAGUGAAGGAGGUGGUCAAGCUGGAGAAAGAUCCUGAAAUGGUCAAGGCAUCCUGGGCUCUAAAGAGGAAGAUCGAGGAGGAUGCCAGCCGGAGGAAAAUGGCAGAGGAAGCGGUGGCCAAGUUGCUGGCUCGUGCCCAGGAGCUAGAGCAGCAAAUUAGCAGUUUGGAGCCCAAAGUUAUUGUGAAAGAAGUGAAGAAAGUGGAGCAGGACCCUGGACUCCUUAAAGAGUCAGUCAAGCUAAGGAACCUCAUUGAGGAGGAGAAGAAAAAGAACAUGAUGCUCACCAGGGAGCUAAAGGAACUACACAGCAAGUACAGUUUGGUGGAAAAGCAGAAGCCCAAGGUGGAGUUCAAAGAGAGAGUCAAUGAGAUCUUCCAAGUAGAUCCAGAGACAGAGAUGGAGAUUACUCGGCUCCAGGAGGAGCUCCAGGACACCACAAACAAGAGGAGUGCCAUUGAGAAGGAGGUGGAGGGAAUCCUACCAGAGCUGACUAUCCUACGGGCCCAGAAGCCAACUGUAGAAUACAAGGAAGUGAUUCAAGAGGUAGUGAAACAUGAGAAGAGCCCAGAGAUCCUCAGGGAAAUCGACCAGCUGAAGGCUCAGCUCAAUGAGCUGGUCAACACCAAUGGCCGAUCUCAGGAGCAACUCAUCCGACUGAAAGGGGAGCGGGAUGAGUGGAAGAGAGAGAGAUCCAAGGUUGAGACCAAAAUGGUGAACAAGGAGGUGAUACGUUAUGAGAGCGACCCAGUGCUGGAGAAGGAGGCAGAACGUCUGAGGCGGGAGAUGAGAGAUGUGGUCCAGAAGAGGAGAGCGAUGGAAGAUGUGGUAUAUGAGCUUCAGAACAAGUACCUGCUGUUGGAGAGGAGGAAGCCGGAGGAGAAGGUGGUAGUCAGAGAAGUGGUGGUUACCCAGAUGGACCCAAAACUCCAUGAGGACCACAGCCGUCUUAGUCGGAGCCUGGAUGAGGAAGUGGCCAACAGGAGACGGCUGGAGCGCGAGGUGCAGCAGCUCCAGGCCACAGUGGAGGAGAAAGAGAACCUCCUCAGCUUCCAAGAGGACCGUGACAAAAAGCUGGCCAUUGAGAAGGAGAUACGGCAUUUGAGCCUAAAAAUCCAGGAGAGGGAGCAGCGGCCUCUCGCAGUGCAAGAGAAAAUCAUCAUGGAGGAAGUGGUCAAGCUGGAGAAGGACCCAGAUCUAGAGAGGUCAGCAGAGGCCCUGCGGAGGGAUCUGGACAACGAAAAGAACCGGGUGAAGGACUUAAACAGGGAGUGCAAGAACCUACAGGUUAAAAUUGACAUCCUUCAGAAGACCAAGUCCCAGGAAAAGACUAUCUACAAGGAAAUCAUCAGAGUGGAAAAGGACCAAGUCUUGGAAAAUGAGAGAUCCCAUUUUUGGGAGCUGCUCAAUAGGGACCGUACUGCAAGACAGAACAGGGAGGAAGAUGUGAGGAGACUCAAGGAGAGGAUCGAGAGAGCUGAGGCAUUAAAGAGGACCUGGUCCCGGGAAGAAGCUGAGCUUCAGAAAACUCAGAGCCAGGCCAACCAGGAGCGAGCAAAACUGGAGAAGGAAAUGAGGGACCUUGAGAGGCAGAAGCAAGAGCGCAUGUUGUGUUUACAUGAGGAGUCCAAAUUGCUCAGUCAGAAGACAGAAAGUGACCGGCAGAAGAGGGCCCAACAAGACCAGGAGCUCUCUCAUCUGGAGGCAGCUAUUCUCCGGGAGAAGGAUCAGAUCUAUGAGAAGGAGAGGACUCUAAGGGACCUUCAUCUAAAAGUGAAACAAGAAGAGAUUAACCAGGACACCCAGCUGAGAGAGACCAACCUUUCCACUAAGAUCUCUAUCUUGGACCCAGAAACAGGGAAAGACAUGUCACCGUAUGAAGCCUAUAAGCGAGGCAUCAUAGAUCGAGGACAGUAUAUCCAGCUACAGGAACUGGAAUGUGACUGGGAAGAGAUCACCACCAUGACCCCAUGUGGAGAGGAUUCUGUUCUCCUUGACAAGAAGAGUGGGAAGCAAUAUUCCAUCGAGGAUGCCCUCCGCUGCAGAAGGAUCACCAAGGAGGAGUACCAUCUCUACAAGGAUGGCCACCUUCCUAUUUCUGAGUUUGCUCUCCUGGUGGCUGGAGAGACCAAACCUUCCUCACUCUCAAUUGGCUCUAUCAUCUCCAAAUCACCCCUCUCCUCACCAGCGCCCACCAGCCACCCAACCACCAGUAUCUUCUCCCCUGGCUGCUCACUUGGCCUCAGUGAUGACACCUUUCCCAUUGCAGGUAUCUAUGACAUGGUGACUGACAAUAAGUGCAACAUCAAGACUGCUGUCGGCAAGAAGAUGCUGGACCCCAUCACUGGGCAGAAGCUGCUGGAGGCCCAGGCAGCCACGGGAGGCAUCGUGGACCUCCUGACAAGGGAACGCUAUUCUGUCCACAAGGCCAUUGACCGAGGCUUGAUUGAGAACACUUCUACUCAGAGGCUGCUCAAUGCCCAGAAGGCUUUCACUGGCAUUGAAGACCCCGUCACGAGGAAGAGGCUGUCGGUAGGUGAGGCUAUCCAGAAGGGCUGGAUGCCCCGGGAAAGUGCCCUGGCUCACUUGCAGGUUCAGCACCUCACUGGAGGACUCAUUGACCCCAAGAGGACAGGUCGCAUUCCUGUUCCCCAAGCCUUGCUGGCUGGCAUGAUCAACGAAGACCUGGCUCAGCUCCUCCAGGAUGAAUCCUGCUAUGAAAAAGAAUUGACCGACCCCAUCUCCAAAGAGCGGCUAAGUUACAAGGAAGCCAUGGCCCGAUGCCGGAAAGACCCAAUGACGGGCCUGCUGCUCCUCCCCGCGACCCAAGAGAAUUACUGUUCUUACCGUACAGCCUCCACUUCUCUGUCCCGCUCUCUGUGCUAACGGAAAUGCCCUUAUACAUGGUGAGCAGGCAUGAAGGCAUGUGUUAAAGGUCAUAUAUCUUUUUUUUUAAGCUAAAUAAAAUUCUCUUUACUCUUCAGAGGCAUCCAGAUCCCUUACCUUUCUGUACCCCAAUGUUUCAUUAUGGAGAGUGGUCUUUGUAUCUGAACUCCCCUACCUUGGGUGACUAACUACAUUUCCCUAGCCCCGGGGGUCAGUCUGACUUUGUCUGCACUCUCCAAUCUAAUGCAUGUAAUAAACUCUUCCAUUGUCUCA